UAAUUAAACAUUAGGCUGAAGUUCUUUGCAUCUUUUGAAAUAGUAUGUUCUUGAUUUUUUUAAAGUAUUUUGCCUGUUUUUUGCUAAUUCGAACUGUUUCGGCAUGACGUCACAAAACUAACAUUGGGAGGUUAAAAUUUGGGUUGUUCACGAUUCGGUUUAACAAACUUAACGAAGAUGGGUAAAGAUUACAAGGACCUCGAAAAAGAUCUCUUUUGUGAAAAGAAAGAAGUUUCUUUCCCAAAGCGUUAUUUAUUGGCAGUGAUGGUCUUUCUUGGUUUCAGUGUUUUGUAUGCACUCAGAGUAAAUUUAAAUGUUGCCAUCGGUGCAAUGUGCAAUAACCACACUAUUUAUGAAAAUGGUUUUUAUGUUAACAAAGUGGCAGAGUUCAACUGGGACUCAAAAUUGCAGGGAAUGGUUUUGGGUUCUUUUUACUAUGGGUAUAUUGUACUUCAGAUUCCUGGAGGUUGGUUGGCAACUAAGAUUGGAGGCACACGAAUAUUUGGUUGUGCUAUUUUUAUAGCAUCUGUGCUGACUCUUUUGACUCCAGCAGCAGCACGAUACAGCGUUUAUGCAUUAAUUACACUUCGUGUUGCAGAAGGUGUUGUUCUUGGUGUUUUGUUUCCAAGUAACCAUGCCAUUUGGGGUCAAUGGGCGCCACCACUCGAAAGAUCACGAUUAUUUUCAAUUACAGCUGCUGGGUGUCCAGUUGGAACUAUAUUAACAAUGCCUCUGACUGGCCUGCUUACAAAGUAUGGGUUUGAUGGAGGAUGGGCAUCAGUAUUUUAUGUAUUUGGAUCUGUUGGAUUAUUGUGGUUUUUUGUUUGGUGUUUGGCAAUUCACCCUUCUCCGAAAACACAUCCUACCAUUUCAGAUUCUGAAAGAGAAUUAAUUUUAGGAAGUCUUGAACAGAAAAACAGUCAUGAGAAACUUGAUGUUCCUUGGAUAAAAAUUAUAACAUCACUGCCAGUAUGGGCUACUAUAGUUGGAAACUUCAGUGCUGACUGGGGUCUAUACACAAUUUUGAUUUGUAUUCCAAAGUUUUUUCAAAAAGUUCUUCAUUUUGAUAUUGCUACUACUGGUUUCCUUGUUUCUUUACCUUAUGUUAUUAAAGCAAUAGUUGGUCCAUCGGGUGGUGUUAUUGCAGAUAUGCUAAUUGUUAAAGGAGUAUCAGUAAGAAAUGUUCGUCGUAUCAUAUUUUCCACAGGCUGCACAACAGCAAGUAUAUUUAUUGUUGGUGUGGGUUAUGCAAAGAGCAAAGCAGUAGCAAUCGGACUCCUUUGUACUGGAGUAGGUAUCACCGGUCUCAAUGCAACAGGUUAUGCUGUCAACAUUUUGGAUAUUGCACCACGAUAUGCUGGAGUCAUUAUUGGAAUUAGCAAUGUAUUUGGAUCAAUGCCUGGUUUUAUUUCUCCUAUGAUUGUUGGCUACAUAACUACAAACAAUACUGCUGCAGAAUGGCAAACAGUUUUUUGGAUAACUGCUUUUAUUUAUGGAUUCGGAGUCGUGUUUUUUGCGCUUUCAGUAUCUGGCGAUAAACAGCCUUGGAAUGAUCAACCUCAAAAAGUCUGUUCUCCACCAUUGCAAAAGGUGCAAAAAUAUGAAGCGGAAGGAAAGCAUGGUGAUUUUGGUGACGUUAAGAAAGAAUGACUUCAUUCUGCUAAAAAUAACUUUUUUGAAGGAAAAACAAAUCCGUGUACAAUAUAUUUUGGAAAAUAUUAGAAAUAAUAUAGUUAAUUUUUCGAAGAAUUUUAUGUAUUCUUCGAAGAAUUAAUUUUAUUCUUUGAUGAAUAUAUAGUAUUCUUAAAAGAA